AUGGCCCAACCUAAACAAGUCGAGGAGCCAGAGGAGGUAUCCGAAGAGCUAGAAGAAGAGCUAGAAGAAGAGCUAGAAGAAGAGCUAGAAGAAGAGAUGGAAGAAGGGCUGGAAGAAGAGCUAGAAGAAGAGCUAGAAGAAGAGAUAAAAGAAGAGAUGGAAGAAGAAGAAGAAGAAGAGAUGGAAGAAGAGAUAAAAGAAGAGAUGGAAGAAGAAGAAGAAGAAGAAGAAGAAGAAGAAGAAGAAGAAGAAGAAGAAAUGGAAAUGGAAGUGGAAGACCUAACAGAACCAAGAAUCAAGUCAGGAAAGGAGAAAAGGACACUGAGAACCGUCAUCCCCACAUAUUGGCCUCCCGACUUGCCCAAGAAGACUACCGUGGGCUUUCCAAAUGACGGAGUGGACUGUUAUCGAAAUGUCGUCUUUCAAAUGAUUCUACAUAUGCCCGUAUUCUACAAUUGGCUCAUCUGGUACAAGGAUCACCAUGCCCCUAAGGGUCAUGUUUGCCUUCGGGGUUCAUCUGAAGACGGUCCCAGUGCAUGCCCGGUUUGUCAACUGGCUGAGAUUGCCCAAGGGUAUUGGGCAGGUAAAACUGCAACUGAAAGUUGGAUGCCUACCUUUGAAGCUUUAACACACUCGCUCUUGCAAGGUUGGAAACCUGCUGGGGUAGACUCGGAACAAGACCCGGCAGAGUACUUUGACGUGCUUUACGCCGCGAUCAAAAAUAGCACCAAGCCUAUGAUGAAAGAAGACGUGGAAGAUAUGCUCGAGGUCGAACUGAUCAUGGUGAUGAGAUGCGACGGGGAAAACCCUUGUAAACCGAAAUACAUCUCAAGACAGCAACGGUUUAUGAUGAUCAACUUAUCCGGAGAGGAGGGCGAUACACUCCCCGAGAAGCCUACUUUGAGCGACGUAAUCGAAAAUCACUUUGAUCAUGAGGAUGAUUUCGAUGAGUGUGCGGAUUGUGGAGGCAACAAGACAGCCAGAGAUCAAAUUGGAAGUUUCCCUGAGCUUCUCUUGGUCCAGCUCAACCGCACCAGUGUGAUGGGCGAGAAGAUCGACACUCACGUAUAUCUGACCGAGGAGUUAAAUAUCGAGACACGGUUCAUGGAUGAACGCUGGAGCAACGAACGAAAAGUCAUCCAGUAUAAAUUGACCUCGAUAGUCUUGCAUCAUGGCGGCGAUGUAACACAAGGUCACUACAGUAUCGGUGUUAAAGGUAAAGGAGAUAAAUGGAGCCAGGCAAAUGACAUCCAAAUUUUGGACUGGGACCCCGAAGGGCCUGAAGGCAACCCGAACCAUCUCGCCACCGGUUAUCUCUUUACAUAUCGCCGGUUACCCACGGACGACGAAGUACAGACACCCUCAGAGGCACAGAUCCCUCAGACAGAGCCACCCCCUGAACACGAUAUCAUGGAGAUCGACUCCGUUCCGUUGGAUGGCGGGGAUGACGGGGGGUGUUCUCGAAUUUUGAUUCUGGAUUCUGAGAAUCCUGCACCUAAGGGUCCUGUCCCUGAAUCGGGCUUCAAUAUCUUUGAUCCCAAGAAAUUAGGGAAGUUACUGGAUGUGAUGGUUCCCAAAGUUGUCGAUAGCUAUAUAGCUCGCUCAGCGGAUGCGAGGCGCAACGAGUGGGAGAAAUGGGCAAAUGAAUGGGAGAAGAAGAGGGAAACAACCCCUACAGCUCCUACAGCCCCUACAGCCCUUACAUCCCUUACAACCCUUGCAACCCUUGCAGCCCAAACACCAAAGACUUCGACUACUGCUAUUGCCAUUGAUUCUGAGAUUGGUACCGAUUUCAAUGAAGAUAUAGUCGACUGGACUCAAAAUCGUGGACGACUUCGUAUAACUUUGACUCAAGAAGCAGGAACAGGACCAAAGGUGUUGGAUCUUGAAGUUCAAGGAAUGAGCUACAAUCGACUGAAGAGGAAGAGGGGAGAGAAGGAGAAGGUAGAUGAAGGAGAAGUUGAGAAAAAAGCAUCGACAUUUAUUAAAUUAAAGAAAAAGGUACAAGCUAAAGUGAAGGAUUAUGGGAAGGAAAAGGAGAAGGAAAAGGAAAAGGAAAAGGAGAAGGAGGUGAAGGUGAAGAAGAAGAAGGGGAAGAAGUAG